CAAGUGUUUGCGAACGUGUUUCCGUCCGGAGGUGAGAGUAUCGCCCCGUUUAAGCAGCGAGGGCCGCCACACGCCAUUGUAUUAAUCUGUAAUAUUUAAGUCUUUUUCGUUUAAUUUUUAUCAAAAUCACUGUUACAUUUUUGUACCCCGCUUUUAUAUAAAAAAGUGUUUUAUUUGAAAGUAAGGACAUGGCAACAGAUUCGUGGGCCCAGGCUGUCGAUGAACAAGAAGCCGCAGCGGAAUCGAUAAGCAAUCUGCAAAUAAAUGAGAAGGAAGACCAGCCGAAAGCAGAGGCAAAUGGAACAAAGACGGAAGGAAAUGAAGAGAAGACUGAGGAUAAUGACAAAGAUGACAAGGCAGCACAGUCACUGUUGAAUAAACUGAUACGCAGCAAUCUAGUGAAUACGACAAAUCAAGUGGAAGUCCUCCAGAGGGAUCCAAAUUCUCCUCUCUACUCAGUCAAGUCAUUUGAAGAGCUACGAUUGAAACCACAGCUACUACAAGGAGUGUAUGCCAUGGGUUUCAACAGGCCCUCCAAAAUCCAGGAGACAGCCUUGCCCAUGAUGCUUGCAGAACCCCCACAGAAUCUCAUUGCCCAGUCGCAAUCAGGCACGGGUAAAACCGCUGCCUUUGUCCUGGCAAUGUUAAGUCACGUGGACCCUGAAAAAAAAUGGCCUCAGUGUCUAUGUGUGUCCCCUACAUACGAGCUGGCCCUACAGACCGGCAAGGUCAUCGAGCAGAUGGGAAAAAAUUACCCUGAAGUCCAACUAAUGUAUGCUAUCCGAGGAAACAAAUUGGAGAGGGGAAUAAAGCUGAAAGAACAGAUUGUGAUUGGCACUCCUGGUACUGUUCUGGAUUGGUGUCAAAAGCUUAGGUUUAUUGACCCCAAGGAGAUCAAAGUAUUCGUCCUGGAUGAGGCCGACGUCAUGAUUGCCACACAGGGCCAUCAAGACCAGAGCAUACGCAUACAGAGGAUGCUGCCUAAAACUUGCCAGAUGCUUCUGUUCUCUGCCACAUUUGAGGACACGGUGUGGAACUUUGCACAGAGGAUUGUUCCAGACCCCAACAUCAUUAAACUUAAGCGAGAGGAGGAGACUCUGGACACCAUCAAGCAGUACUACGUCAUCUGUAACAGCAAGGAGGAGAAGUUCCAGGCUUUGUGCAACAUCUAUGGAGCGAUUACUAUUGCACAGGCCAUGAUCUUCUGCCAUACCAGGAAAACAGCUGGGUGGCUGGCAGGAGAGCUUUCAAAAGAGGGCCACCAGGUGGCGCUACUGAGUGGAGAAAUGCAGGUGGAACAGAGGGCAGCGGUUAUCGAACGUUUCCGGGAUGGCAAGGAAAAAGUCCUUGUUACAACUAACGUCUGUGCUCGAGGGAUUGACGUGGAGCAAGUUUCUGUGGUUAUCAACUUUGAUCUGCCAGUGGACCGGGAUGGCAACCCUGACAACGAGACAUAUUUGCAUAGAAUUGGUCGUACUGGCCGUUUUGGCAAGAGGGGAUUGGCUAUCAACAUGGUGGACAGUAGACUUAGCAUGAACAUCCUCAAUCGCAUCCAGGAACACUUCAAUAAGAAAAUUGAGAAGCUGGACACUGAUGAUUUGGAUGAAAUUGAGAAAAUCGCCAACUGAGUAGCUGUCUUUAUGCUUUUAAUAAAACUGUGCUCUUGUAACAUUUUAAUUCAGAGGCUGAAUGCAGAGCUGUGCCAGAAAGGAUGUUUACAUCAGUUUAAUCUCAGAUGGUCUUUUUAUAGAUGUUUUUUUUUUUUUUUUAAACACAUUUCACUCUUUGUACUUAAUAAAUUUUGAAUGUCUAGUUUUAAAAUCAUGUGUAUGUUAAUGCUGCAAAGAUUUGACAUGACACAAAGAUUACCAGAUUUUACACGUCACAUGCGGAAUAUGCCUUUUAAAUAUUAAGUGUCAUCUUGCACCUUUUAAAUUUACUACAGAAAGCAGUCUGACUUCACAUUACGCGUUGAUUUAUUAUAUUGAUUUCUAUGAUGGGGCUCUUAACCAAGGACACCAGUAUAUUGCAGAGCAAAUAAUGCUGAUGGCAUUUUUGUGGAACCAGAAAAUGAUUAUGCUCAAGUGUGUUGGGUUCAAAAACUGGUCUUCACGCUAACAUGCUAAUCUACAGGAAUAUUUUAACUUUUGUCUUUUUUUUUUUUUUUUUAAUCUUGUAUGAAAUCUGGGUGCAGCUAUUUUUGAUUUUGUGUAACAGUACAAACAAGGAGUUGAAAUACUGGAUUUAUUUAAUAUGAGAGGAGAUUGCUGUUAUUGUAUUAUAUCACAAAUCAUGCCUAAGCUAAUAAUAAUUGAAUACCCUUGAUGUGGAGCAAGUUUCUGUGGUUUUCUACUUCGAUCUGCUUGUGGAUAAGGAUGGCAACCCUGACAUCAAGAUACAAAAUUUGAUGUACAUUGCUGAUACCUCGCAUAGAUACUGAUGGUGCAGUUAUAGCUGUUAUUGGCUCUGAAUUAUUAUAAAUAGUUGCCAAAGUCCUUAAUUGUAUACAAUCAUGUGAACCCAAAGAUUAAUGCCUCCACUGGUUUCGCCAGUACUUCAUUUUGAUGUGAAAUAACAGAAACCUGUAUUCAGCAUUGUAUCUAAAAAUACUGUGAAACCAAUUUAAUAAGUACAAAGAGUGAAAAAAUUCUAUUCAACAGAUGCAGUUAAAUGAUAGCAGAUGUGUAACAGCAUUCAUUAUAAGACUGCUCCGUAGUGGAAACAUUUGAAUUUCCGGUGAUUUAAUGCAUUGGAAUAUUAAGUUACUUGAAUGCAAGCACCUCAAGUACACAAAUGCAACUGAAUAUUUUACUGUGGAAGGCUGUACCACAUUUUCAUUUGCAGCCACCAUAAACAUUUUAAAAGAUGACUCUUGUGAAUGCAUCUCACUGGAUUCUUUAAGGUAGUCAUAGCAAAUUAUAGUUUUAUGUUGUGGGAAUGUUCUAAUUUUAAUCACUUGAAACUCAACCGACAUUGCACUCAGCUGCAUUGUAUAUGCAUUAUACAGAUAGCCGUGCUUACGGAUGUAAUAAGAAAUGGUGACCAAACCAAAAAUAGAAUAGUGGGAAAAGGUAGUUCAUUACAUUUAUCUUGGGGGACGCAGUUAAGAAGGUGCGAAAUGAGGUAAAACUUCCAAGACACAUAGACCAGAUGACAGAUCAGCAAGGUUGAGUGGGGGGCGCAAUAAAGCUGUGCUCUUGAAAAGUGUUGCAUCAAACAGUUGAAGUAUGGAGACUUAAAUAGGCAAGAUACGCAAUGCUAGGUAAUCCCCCUAAUGCUUGCUAUCGGCUUGACAUAACAGGGAAAAUAAAACUGGGAAAACACUGGCAGAACCAUGACAUUAUUCACUGGCAACGUGCAUUGUCGUAAGGUUGGAAUCAAGUGUCAGUUACAUCAUUGAAGGGAAAACAUGUUUUAAUUAUUGAUGCCUUGUCCAUUUGUGAAUCAUACUUAAGUACAUUUGUUACCUGGUAUUAAAUAAAUGGCUUUUUAUUUUUGUGCAGGUUUUUUCCCUAUAAAAUUAAAUCUGUUUUAAAAAAAGGACUGUCUAACAUUUGAUCCAGUGUUGUACAAUCAGCUAAUCAAUAGAAAAUGGCUAUUAUCAAGCAUAUUCAUUUAUAUGUUUUUUCUACAAUUUCUUUGAAACUUGGUGCUUAUGAACAAUUAAUUGAAGAGGUUUCUACUUAACACCAUGUGUCAUGAGACAGUGAUGUGUGUUCAUAUAGGGGUUUCUUUAACAAUAUUUAGCCUCAACUAUGUCAUGUUGUCAUUAUAUAUAUUUUUUUCUCUUCAUGAAGUUGCACUUACAGUUGAUUAAGAAAUAAAAAGCUGACUAAAGCUUAAAUAAUGAAAAUACUUUCUCUAUUUCACCUCAAUGGUAUCUCAAUGUGUAUCUAUCAAAUUGAUGUGUUAUGAAAAUAUGUUUGGAGCGGGUCAGCAGCUGUCUGGGUGUUACAGGAUUUGGAAUGCUUGCAGUAGAUACUAUGUGAGUUACAUUAAAACUGUUUUGCAAACCCCCCAAAAAUCAGAUUUGCUGCAUUUGUGAUGAUGUUUAUGUGCGAAUGAUGUUGAGCGGAUAGAAUGAAGUAUCUGUAAGAGCUUUUUUUUUUUUUUGGAAUGAAUACUGUAUUUUUAUAAAACUUGAUAACUACACUCACCGAGCAAU